AUGAGUUUUAGUUAUAAAAGCGUUUUUAAAACGCUUGGGCAUUAUUUAUUCGUCGAAAUGGCAGAAGGAGCUGAAGAAAUUCACGUAUGGAGCCCAAAAUUUUCACAAACAAAACCUCAAUGUAAACUACAUGUAGAUUUAAAAAUGGUUAACAUGACUGCUGGAAAUUUUAAAGUUGUUAUUGAAACAACAAACGAUACAUCAUGGGUUGUCGAUGAAAAAAUGGGAAACAAUAGAAAUAAAUGGGAAAAAUUUAUAUUUAUAAUUAGUCGUAUACAACAACGUUUUAAAAUAAUACUUGAAGUAUCGCCGAGUAAAACAAAUCCUUCCCAAUUAUCAAUGGACAAUAUUAAGCUUGUAGACUGUUUCCCAGAGAGACCAACAUUUAAAACAUGCUCAAACGAUUUUUUUCGUUGUUCAAAAGACGCCAACGAUUUUUGCAUAAAUAAAACACAAAUUUGUGACAUUGAACAAGACUGUUUAAAUGGUGAAGAUGAAAAACAAGGUUGUGAGGAAAUUCCUAAAUUUGCAAGAUGUACGUUUGAAGAUGGAUGGUGCGGUUGGGAAAAUGCACCAACGACUGCCAUCAAUUGGACCAGGCACAUGGGAGCGGGAUAUACCAAAAGAUAUACAGGACCUGCAUUCGAUCACACUUAUCAAAAUGAAUCAGGAAAGUUUUUGUACGUUAACAUGUCAACAAUCAGAAGCACAAAAUUAGGAUCUUCUGCAAUUUUAGAAAGUUCUCUUAUAAAUCCACCUCCGAGAUAUCACACCAGACCCAACAGCACAUAUUACAAAUCAUGUUUUGUACGAUUUUUUUAUCAUCAGUAUGGAACGCAUACAGGUUCGUUAGGUUUAUUUUUAUGCGAAAUGGAUCCUGCAGCUGAAAGAUCUAUAAGAUUAUAUUACUUUCAGUUCGAAGCCAGAAGAGGAUUUAGAGCACGUGGUGAUAUCGCCAUUGAUGAUGUUUCGAUGAGUCCAGAAUGUUUCGGAUUAAAUGUGCCUGAAAAAGAAAAAGAAGGUUACGAUUAUGAUAAUUUUAGUGGAUAUAUAGAACCUACUCAACCAGUUGAAGAGCAUCGUGAUUUUUUUAAUAAAACAAUAUACAUUUUUACAAGUUGUGGAGUAAGGGGAAGAAUGGGUCCGUCUCCCGAAAACUGUUCAUUGGCUUACAAUAAUACAAGCGUAAACGUUACCAUUCUUCAAGAUGCUACCCUUAAUGGCGUUCAACGUUGGGUAGUUCCUCAAGAUGGCUUUUACACGAUUGUAGUUAAGGGAGCGAGUGGCGGAAAGGGUUACGAUGGUUUGGGUGUCAGUAAAGGAACAACAAUAAUGGGUGUUGUCGAACUCAAUAAAACUCAAUCUUUGUAUAUACUAGUAGGUCAAGAGGGAGGAAAUGCUUGCAGAAAAAAUUUUGCCGUCACGCAACAUUAUACUUGUGGAAAUUUCAAAAAUUCAAAUUUUUCAACUCCUUUAAAUCCGUUAAAAGAAAUUCAAAAUUUAGAUAUUAUUGAUGAUGGAGGUGGUGGCGGGGGUGCAACUUUUGUAUUUUUGUGGUCUCAAAAAAAUGGUAGAAUACCUCUGAUAGUCGCAGCUGGUGGAGGAGGUUUAGGAGGAGGUACUUAUCCAGAUGAUGGAUCACAACAUGGAAAGGGAGUUGAUGUUAACAGGCCUGGUAUAACGGGUUCCGAAAGCGGAAAUAAUUCAGCUGGAGCUGGUGGUGGUUGGAUCGAAUCCAAUAAUACUUGGAGAGAAGUUACCGGGGGUUCUUUUGUACAAGGAGCAGUUGGAGGAAAAGCUUGCGGUCAAAGCCUAGACUUACACGGGGCUGGAGGAUUUGGAGGUGGUGGAGGAGGUUGUCGAACAGGAGGUGGAGGUGGUGGUUUCGCCGGUGGUUCAGCAUCUACCGAUAAAAGGAAUGGCCUCGGUGGUUAUUCAUAUACUGCACACGGCCUAAUUAUUAAAGAAAUUGAUCCAGGUUCGAAUACCGGACAAGGUUCUGUGGUGAUUAUACCAGCUAUCAAAGGAUGCGGUUGUAAAUAUUUGUGUGUGGCUUUAGACGAACAUAAGCAAAAAGUGAAAUGCAUAUGUCCUACCGGAUCUCAACUGGAAAGUGAUGGCGUGUCUUGCCUCUAUUCUGAAAGAUAUGAGCCUACUGUUACCGAGAAAUAUAUGACGGUCAUCAUUGGAAUGUUAAUUGUUUUAAUAUCCAUUUGCAUUUGUUACUAUUUUUUUAAACACGGUCGAAGGAAUAAAAAAGAUCGCAUGCGCAUGAAAAUGAUAGACGAGUCAGAACUUCAAUUAAACAGGUUAAGAUUAGCAUCGGACAGCAUGAUGACGGAAUAUAAUCCAAAUUAUGAAUUUGGUGGUGGAACCUACACCAUCAGAGAUUUAAAUGAAGUACCUCGAGAAAAUUUAAGACUUGUCAAAGCCUUGGGACAAGGUGCAUUCGGAGAAGUUUAUCAGGGUUUCUAUCGUUAUCGAACUGGGGAUAUAAUAGAAAUGCCUGUAGCGGUAAAAACACUACCUGAACUAUCUACCAGUCAAGCAGAAACUGAUUUUUUAAUGGAAGCUCUUAUUAUGAGCAAAUUCACUCAUCCGAACAUUGUUCACUUUAUAGGAGUGUGUUUUGAUAAACAUCCGAGAUUUAUAGUUUUAGAACUUUUAGCAGGUGGCGACUUAAAAAAUUUCCUUAGGGAAUCUCGGCCGAAACCUGAACGUCCCUCUCCCCUGGUCAUGAAAGAUCUUUUAAUGUGUGCAAUUGACGUAGCUAAAGGGUGUGCUUACCUUGAAGAACACCGAUUUAUACAUAGAGAUAUUGCGGCACGAAAUUGCCUUCUUACUACAAAAGGGCCUGGAAGAACCGUUAAAAUUGCAGAUUUCGGUAUGGCCCGAGAUAUUUAUAGGGCUGAAUAUUACCGAAAAGGAGGUAAAGCCAUGCUACCUAUUAAAUGGAUGCCUCCCGAAGCUUUCCAAGAUGGUAUUUUUACUGCUAAGACUGAUAUUUGGUCGUUUGGAGUUUUGCUGUGGGAAGUUAUGUCUUUAGGAUACAUGCCAUAUACGGGAUGCGGUAAUCGUGAAGUAAUGCAACUAGUUAUAAGUGGAGGAAGACUCGAACCUCCUAUGAAUUGUCCCUCUCCCGUAUAUGCCAUAAUGACCAAAUGUUGGCAUCCCAAACCAGACGAAAGACCGAGUUUUAUGUUAAUUUUAGAAAGAUUAGGAUACUGUUUGCAGGAUCCAGAAGUUUUAAACGCUCCAUUACCCAUUUUUAAUCGACUUCCAUCAUCAGAAAGAGAUUCAACCGUUAUGAGGCCUGAGAUAACGAAUAGUUGUCUUCAAGUUGAAGGUAUUUCGGAUUAUUUAGAACCCACACAAGGAAUACCCAAUAAUCACACGACAACCGGGUCGAGGCUACGUGAAAAACAAACGGGACGAAAUACGGAAAAUUGGGAAUCUAGUUUUACAAUGCCGGAAUCGCAGUCGACGCAACCGCUUCUUUCGCAACAGGAAAACACCGGACAAUCAGAAUUUUCAAAUUCUAAAACGGGACAAACAAAAUUAAAUAAUAAUAAUAAUAAUAAUAACAACAACAACAACGAUCGUCAACGAUCUCUUACAAAUUCUAUAUCUCUCGAUGCUGGAGCUUUGGUCAAACAACCCAUACCGUACGUCAACGUCAAAGUACCUCCUAAAUCGCAUAAAAUGACCGUCGAAGAAGAUUCCGAAUCACCAUUUUCGGUUUCUAGACAUUUAAUUAAUGACGCAGAAAUUUCCUGCUGA